AGCUCCCUGCACUCCUUUUCCUGAACUGAGCUGGUGUCGUCGAGGCGCCUCCUCGGAGAGGCGGCGGCGGCUGCGCUGCCUAUGGAGAGCCGAGGGGAGGGCGCAGCCGCCGGCGACAUGGCCGCCCUGCACGCCGCCAAGGGAGCGUUGCGAGCGGAGCUGAAGCGCCGCCUGGGAGCCCUGAGCGACGCCGAGAAGCUGCGCCAGUCGCGCCUCGUACGCAGUAAGGUGCUGGCGCAUCCUAAAUACCAAGCAUCUCGGAGAAUUGCAGUCUUCCUAAGCAUGUCAGAUGAGGUCCAGACAGGAGAAAUCAUUAAGGACAUUUUCCAGCUUGGCAAAGAGUGCUUCAUUCCACAUUACAAGCCCCGGAGCAGCCACAUGGACAUGGUGAAGCUAGCUUCCUACGAAGAAAUUGCUUCGCUCCCCUUGACUUCCUGGAACAUCCAUCAGCCGGCUGAAAACGACAUCAGGGAAGAAGCCUUGUCAGCGGCAGAGGGUCUGGAUCUCAUCCUCGUGCCAGGACUUGGUUUUGACCAAACCGGCAACAGACUGGGAAGAGGAAAGGGGUACUAUGAUACAUACCUGGACAGGUGCAGACAGCAUCCCAAAGGAAAACCUUACACAAUCGCAUUGGCUUUUAAAGAACAAGUAUGUGAUGUCGUCCCUGCGUCUGAAAAUGAUGUGAAAGUUGAUGAAAUUCUGUUUGAAGACAAUGGACAGUGACCUUGAUCAACAACGGACCAGGAACCAGUUUUUAUGAAUUCCUAAACAGCUGUAGAGCUGGUC